GUCGGCUUCUCCGGCGGAAGAAAAGGAAAACAGGAAAGUAGAAGAGUAGAGGAAGAAUAUGGAGACUAUUUGGGAAACUCCGACGAAUCCUCCUCAGAAACACGAUUACGUAUUUGAUAAUUUCAGGAAAUUGGAAUCUAAAGGCUGAACUUUUGACGGCAAUUUAUGUCCGAGUUCAUCUCUCAUAUUGGCAGCUUUAAUGGUGAUAAUCCCUUGAAAGGAAAGUCUGCUUGUUCAAAAUUUACUGUUAGGAUCAGUACCAAUGGAACUUAUGGCAUUGUCUUGUGUGAACCUAUCACUGAGUGAACUCAGCAAGGUUUUCUUCCUAUUUACUGAUUUCAAGCUAGGCCAUCCAUUAGCUAAUGACAUGCUUUACGCCGCUGAAAUUGUUAUUGAUCCUUCUAUUGAAGGGAUGAGUGCUGAAACAGCUGCUUCUAUUUCUCGAGGCUAUCCACCAGCAAAUUUCAGAGAGAAUCUUGAGGAUGGGAGACAGUAUAUAAUCCUGUGAAGAUUUCAGCACUGAUCAUAUGUGUUCACACUGUCCAAAUUUGGCUCUGGCUCCAAAAGGAGUUCAGGGAUCAACCAUAAUAAUCUCCAAUAUUAAGUGGAAGAAUAAGUGAAAUACCUGCAAAGCACUGACACGUUGCCAUAAUGCAAUUGGACUCACAGAUUUGCAAGGGCAAAGCUGUCUUGAUUUUAUAUAUUUGGUAAAAGCAGCAGAAGUCCUCUUGGCUGUGAUGUCACUUGGCAUUGAAAUAGCCACGAAGUCAGAAAUGAGAUGGUAGCUCUGGGAUAGAGUAGAAUCUAAGCGAUGAUAAUGGUAGUUCCUGUUCAAGAUUUAGCAUUGAGUAAAGAGGCUUACAAAGUAGAGAAGAGACUGCAACACCCAAUUUUCAUUCUCUUUUUUGGGGUCACCUCUCAUGAGACCCUGACCUCACCUUAUCAGUUUAUCUUUGCAAAAAGGAAUUUUAGUUUUUGCUCUACAUAUUAAAGACAAAAGUCUUAAAGCUCGGGGAUGGGGUAGGUUUGCAUUCUUACCUUAAAAUCCUGGUCCAUGCUUUCUUUACUAAUGCUGCAUGUUUUUUAAAU